AGUAUGAUAAUUUUUAGGAUGAGUCAUCUUGUACUGUGUGAGAGGGGGUGCAUGCUCUGGGCUAGUAGUUCAGCUCCUUGCACAGCUUCUCCUCGGGCCUCGCAAUACAGCUCCAUGGCUCAGGCUUAGGGUUAUCUUAUUAGCCGCGAUGCCGCCUGCCCACACCGUAUCCUGAGGCUAGCCAGUAUCCGUAACGAUUCUGACGAUUUGUUUAACGUCUUUCUGUGGGAUGAUGUGUACUGGAUGUUGCAGUUGUUCCUGCUGGUGACGCUGCAGCGUAUGUGAGGAAAUUGGUUGCGUUCGCCGGGGCUUAUGGUAGUACGGGCUUCGCUUAUGGUCGGUAUUCGUACUGGGAGAUUCGAGUCCACGCGCUUCUAAUGUCCUGCGUCGUGGCAAAUGAAGCUGUAGCUCAGAACGAGGGGUUGGUGCGUUCAGCGUCCGGCCAAGAGACAUGCGGAGUAGUGAUCUGAUGAUCAUCACAGUGGUUGGUCUACGAGAGAGAGAGAGAGAGAGAGAGAGCGAGAGACAGAGGUAGAGAGAGUGAGAGCUGGAGCUGCAUAAGUAAUCAAAAUCGUAGCUUUGCGGUUGGAAACGAUGGAGUGAGGCUGGAAGUGUGUGAGCUGAUUAGUAACGUUGUAACUGUGCACAGCGGAUUUUUAGGGGCGGCUGUGUUCUCUUGGGCUGAGCUGGGGUCGUUUUUUUGGCCUCGAAGAGCCGUUUCCAUUGCCUAUGUAAGAGGGAUGUUGUAGUGUUUUUUUUUUCCUCUUUGUGGUGUCGGACGAGUGUGGAGUUCGCGUUUGGGGGAAUACCGACAGUGGUGCAGAGAGAAGAGCCAGAGAGUGGGUUUGAACAGGAGCUGUCAAAAUGGUGUCAGCAGAAGCGAGUGAGAGGUCGCUGGAAUUCUCGCCAACUUGGGCGCUCGCGGCUGUGGCCACUGUCUUCGUGGUCAUCUCUUACAUUGUGGAGCGCCUGUUGCAUCGGCUCGGUCAUUUCUUGACUAAAACCAAACGGAAGGCUCUAUUUUCGGCCUUUAUGAAGAUAAAAGAUGAGCUGAUGCUGGUGGGAUUCAUCUCCUUAGCGAUGGCCCUGCUUCAGGGCCAAGUCACUAAAAUCUGUAUCAGCUCCUCACUGUAUAAUAAUUGGACUCCAUGCCACAUUGGCGACCGACCGAAUGUGGACAAAGGACACGCACGUCGCCUUUUGGCAGAGAAAGGAAUUGGUGGCUGUCCGCCGGGUCAAGAGCCCUUCAUUACAGAAACGAGUCUUCAUCAGCUGCACAUUUUCAUAUUCAUUCUUGCUGGUGUUCAUGUGGGGUAUUCUUGCCUCACCAUGCUUCUCGCUCUCAUGAAGGUACGCAGUUGGAGGAGGUGGGAGAGAGAAGCACAGGAUGCUGCUCACGUGGUGAAUUUGGAAGAUAUCGCAAACAGCAUAACUUUCACGCGUAAAUCGUCGUUUCAAAAGUACCACACCGCCGCUUGCUGCAGCACCAACUUUCUCUUUGUAUGGGUGAUCUGCUUCUUCCAGCAAAUCUACAUUCCACGUGCCGACUACAUCACUCUUCGUCAAAGCUUUACAACCACUCAUCGCCUAUCAGAUGACUACGACUUUGAUGCCUACAUGAUCCGGUCUAUGGAGGACGAAUUUCAAAAAAUUGUUGGAAUAAGCGCCAAGUUGUGGGCGUUCGUCAUCCUUUUCUUGCUUUUCAACGUGCACGGAGUAUACUUGUAUUUCUGGUCGUCGUUCAUUCCAAUCAUUUUGGUUCUUGUCAUUGGGGCCAAGCUCCAGUACGUGGUUGCUACUUUAGCGUUGGAGGCCGCACAUGCGCCUGCCGCAUAUGUCGGUACACUGCUGAGACCUCGAGAUGAGCUGUUCUGGUUCAAAAGUCCCCAGCUACUCCUGUCCGUUUUGCACCUCGUCCUUUUCCAGAAUGCGUUUGAGUUGGCGACUUUUCUUUGGUACCUGUGGACAUUUGGAUGGCACUCAUGCCUUUUGGAGAAGAACAAGUCGAUGGUGUAUAUCCGCCUUUCACUGGGGUUAGCGGUGCAGCUCUUCUGUAGCCUCAGCACAUUGCCACUGUUCACGCUAGUUUCUCAGAUGGGUAGCAACUACAAGCAGGCCGUCUUGCCUACCCGUGUCGGUCGAGCCCUACAAACCUGGCACAAGGAUGCCAAAAAAAGACUCAAGGCGCACACGUCAGGCUUUUUCAACCUGAGUCACAAGAGAAGCUCUGAGGAGCAUUCCUUGAACGACCACACCCCUGACCACGGAUCAACAUCACCACCCGACCGUCCCAUCAUGGAAGACAGUUCCAUGAUAAGAGAGGACCUGGAGAAUCCUCGCACAGCAACACUAAGGACGCCGAAGAAGUUGAAGAGCUUCGAGAUCGAAACGGUCCGGCUAAACACGAGUGUUGAUUCAACGACCAUGUACGUCCAAAUUGAUGCGGAUUUGAAGCCGGACGAACGAGGGCGGAUUUAAACAGGAACAAGCUGCUUUGGUCUUCACCUCACACAGGCAGAAGGUUACCCAAAAAAAAAAAAAAAAAAACAAACAAACAAACAAACAAACAAACAAAAAACCAACAAAAACCACAAAAAUCUCGAAUCUGAGAUUUGAUCCACAACCUAUCACAGAUGACAGUUCGAGAUCCACCAGGAGUUAUAACUCUCGAGCAAGCAGCUAAUCGUCGUGACUGGUCCACCGACGUUAAUAAGUCUAGCAAGAUGUUCAAGGAUUCUUAAUUUGUUCGUGCAAGUGCGGUACUUCACCAUCAAUGUCGACCCUGCAGUUCGAAGAGUUGCAGAGUAGCAAGUCGUCGUGGAUUGUUCAAAACUAUGAAGAUACAGACAAGCUGAUGGAUGGCAGCUUGCAAACCUGGAUUGUCUAGUGGACUGAAGGUCCAGGUCUCCGAUCACCUGGUUUCUAGCUUACGAAUCCGACCGAUACUCAUUUACCUGAUUUUCUCACGUCUGCAUCGAACCCACAUGUCCAAGAUCCGUUUCACAGCUUUAUAGAUAAAAACUGGGUGGAUCGAGAAUCGGCAAGACCAAGCAGGAUCUGUGAUCGGUUUUGCAGAUGUUGUCGAUGUCCAUCCAUGCAGUGGAAGUUCAUUGUGAACGCAUUCUCUGUAGCUCCGUGUGAUUCCUGUAUUGUAGCAACUAAAAUGGUUCUAAUGGGAAUAUUGUUGAUAUCUGAA